AUGGAUAUUCUGAGUAGGCUACCCGUGAAGUCACUACUUCGAUUCAAGUGCGUGUCAAAAUUUUGGAAUAAAUUAAUCUCCGAACCUUACUUUAAGAGAAUGCAUCUCAAUGUUCAUGCCAACAACCACAAUUCCCCAAAAAAACUGCUUAUUAGUCAAGUCAUAAACCUUCGUAGGUAUUAUAUUAGGUCUUAUGCCACUGAUGACCGGUGUGUCUAUCGAUUAUCUAAAGCCAUUUUCAAUUUAUAUUCUUUUUCUUUAUCCAACUCGGGGCCUCAACUUGUUAAGGAUAUGCGCAGACUUGAUUCCCUUUCAAGAUUUAAACCAAUAUCAGGUUGUGUCUAUUGUUGUUGUGAUGGCUUGUGUUUUAUUGGGAUUUGGAGAGAACGUGACAACACACAACACCCUUCCAUAUCAUUGCUAUGGAACCCAUCCACAGGAGAGUCAAUAAAACUUUCCACUCAGUAUCCAGAAUUGUCACCGGAUAGAUAUCUUUAUGGUUUGGGGUACGACACUACCAGUGAUGACUAUAAAAUAAUUAGGAUUGAUGCGAUUGAUGAAGUAUGUGAUAAUGGAUUACCUGAUGAAAUUCUCGCAAUUAAAAGUGCUUCAUGGAAGAAAACUAGUGAAUGCGCAGGGGGGAGAUGUGGCAUUCUAGCACGUAUAAGUGAGUUAUGUUUGGCAUUUGUAGAGGGAGCAUUUCAUUGGGAGAGUGACUACGUAUACCCGCGUUGUAUGGUGACGUUUAACAUUUCAAAUGAGACGUAUGGGAAGAUGUCAUUGCCAAUGAGACCGUAUUCCAAUACAAGUGAAGAAACAAGUGUAUCAGCAGUGGGAGGAAGACUUUGUUAUCAUCAUGACGAUGGAAUAAAUUUUAAUUUAUGGGUAAUGAAAGAUUAUGGCAUGAAAGAAUCUUGGACGAAAUGGUUCAGUAUACCAAAUCAUAUAAAG